GCGGCCUAAACUCUGGGGGGGGGGGCGGGGGAGCCUUCCACGGUCCCCGCAGGAGAAUGCGGCCGCUCCUCCGUGGCCCCGCCCCCUGCCAUGCCCGGACCCCCCUCCGUUCCCCCCCUCUCCAGAGAGUCGCUUCCUCGGGAAAAGCCCGGAGGGCAACCGCAAAGCCUCGUGGUCGUGCCGGCGGUCCAGAAGGGGGUGCUGGGCCAAACCGAACAACCGCGGGUCGCCGGCAUUGCCUCCCUGGGAAAGCCCGAUCUCUCCUCGCCUCGUUUUUGGAAACCCACCCCUUCCGCCUCGGGGAGCGCCCAGGGCCAGGCAGUGGGGGGCCAGUGACUUGUCCAGGGUCACCCAGCUGCGAAGUGACUGAGGCCACGUUGGAACCCCGGACCUCCCGGCUCCAGGCUGGCUCUCCCUCCACUGAGCCACCCGGCUGCCCCCUGAGCCUUUCCUUGCAGACGAUGUUGAGUCAUUCUCUUCUCUUGAGCUUCCCUGUGAGCAGAACAGUUUUGAUGGCAGGACUCGCACUCUCUGCCUGCCUGUGUCCCUCCCUCCUUCCCUCUCCCAGCUGCCCCCUCUUCUGGGGCGCUCUCGUUGCACACGUCCCCUGUGCCCGGCUGCUCUCCCCGUGCUCAGCCGUCUGAGGCCACUUCCCCAUCCUCCUCGGUGAGCUCAGGAAAGAGGAGAUCUGCGGGCGUCCGGCCCCCCCAGGAUCCCCCAACGUCGACAGCCCCUCCCCCUGCCCCCCAAGUGCCCUUGUCGGAGAAGAGGGGGAGGGAGGCCAGUCUGGGCAGCCCAACCCCCCUCCAGAUUAAUGGCGUCAGCAGUUUGGUGGCCUCCUUGAGAAGGGGGGCCGGGUCUGGCCGGUGACCUUGGCUGGCCGAGAGGGAGGGCUAAACCGCCUUAAUCGGGUCAGCGGAGCUCAGGGGGCGGCUUUAAAAGCCGGGCCAGCGGCCUGGAGGGCAGCGAGAGAGCCAGCGAGCCACCGCGAUGCCCGUCAUCAACAUCGAGGACCUGACGGAGAAGGACAAGCUCAAGAUGGAGGUGGACCAGCUGAAGAAGGAGGUGACCCUGGAGAGGGUGGUGGUCUCAAAAUGUUGUGAAGAAGUAAGGGACUACAUAGAGGAGAGGUCUGGGGAGGACCCCCUUGUGAAGGGGAUCCCGGAGGACAAGAACCCCUUCAAGGAGCUCAAGGGCGGCUGCGUCAUUUCCUGAAGAAAGACCCAGAUGCUGCUAAGCUAGUGGAAAUCCCUUGUCAGAAGUGUGAAAGGAUCCAGGAACAAGGCGGCAGCCCCCCACCAAUGGCCUGAGAGAGAAUGUGCGACCUUGGUGGCUGCUGCUCCCCCCUCCCCCCUUGGCUUUUAAUAAAGAUUGGAAGUGGCCCAUUCAAA